CAAACCCCAAAAGCCAGCGUUCUAUUCUCAUUCUCUCUCUCUCCCAAAUUCCCCUCUGAAAAUUCCGCAGAGAGAAAAAGCGAGAGAAAAGCCAUGAACACGAUGCACUACGCGGAGGUGAGCACCACCGCCGGCAAGCUCGAGGAGGUCGACAUCGAGUCCGGCGAACUCUUGUACCCCGGCAUCAGCAAAGGCGAGAAUCAGCUCCGAUGGGGUUUCAUUCGCAAGGUCUACGGCAUCUUAUCCGCUCAGCUUCUCCUCACCACCGCCAUCUCCUUCGUGACCGUCCUCUAUACUCCCGUCAACGACCUCCUCAAAGGCAGCCCUGGCCUUCUCUUGUUUUUCGCCUUCCUUCCUCUCGUCUUGUUGUGGCCCCUUCAUGUGUACCAGCAAAGGCAUCCUCUGAACUUUAUCUUCCUUGGACUUUUCACUCUGAGUCUGAGUGUCACUGUUGGUGUAGCGGUUGCUAAUACUGAUGGAGCGAUUGUGCUUGAAGCCUUGAUUCUAACCUCGGGUGUGGUUGCAUCCUUGACUGCUUACACCUUCUGGGCUUCAAAGAAGGGGAAGGACUUCAGCUUCCUUGGACCAGUCCUGUUCACUGGCCUCAUGGUUCUCCUCUUGACCAGCUUCAUGCAGAUGUUCUUCCCACUUGGUCCUACUUCUAAUGCUGUCAUUGGUGCUGCUGGUGCUAUUCUCUUCUCUGGCUAUAUAGUCUACGAUACUGAGAACCUCAUCAAGCGCUUUACGUAUGAUGAGUACAUCUGGGCCUCCAUCACUCUUUACCUUGAUAUUCUGAAUCUGUUCCUUACAAUCUUGCGGAUGCUGAGGCAGAGCGACUCUUAGUUUGCAUGCGGCGGACAUAAACUCUCUGCAGUUGUGGACAUAGUAUAUGUAGUCCAAGGCUAAAGUGGAUGUAGUAUAUUCUUUUCCACCUUUCUACUCUUAUUAGUUCUUUCGACCGAGUUUGCUGUGGGAUGUCAUGCAACUUCUAAGUACUGCAAUAUGACUUUGGCCAGACUCAAGUGUGCUUACAGCAAGUCAAUUAUGUGAAUUGUUUUC